GGUCUUUGGAACCUACAGGAACUGCUUGCAGUGUUUGCUCCAACUGAAAUCUGGUAGCCCAGAUGCCAUGCCCACCAAGCUGGAUGUCUUCCUAUCAGGGCUUGCAGGAGGCGUAACCCAGGUGUUUUGGCAUUCUGUAGCCAGUUGUGGCUAACCUGUGGCAGCAUCAAAUUGGCCAAUUACCAACAAUGGCACACUUUUGGAAUACAAAUAGUACAAAUACUCAACUCACUAUCAGUCAGUCAGCUAUAUUGGUCAGAGAUUGGUGCUUGGAUUAUUUUUUGGGCUAUUGCUGGUGGCCAGUGUUGGAGCAGUCUUGUUUCCUUUCGGAUUUGUCACAAGCAAAUUUAUAUUGGUAAAUGAUAAAAUGAAAAAACAAAGGCCAAUAUUUGAAAACAGAAGUUUGAGCCCUAUAGCAGGCUAAACUUUUGGCAGUGUCACUAACCAACUGUGACAGGACACAGUUAAGUUCAUCUUGGCAGUAGAUUAAAGUUUGCCAGGGUUUCUUUGGUUGCCAUUGUAUUAGUUCCAACUAACAACACACCAGAUACCAGCAAAAAUACCUGUUGCUGUCUGUGAGAGAUUUGGUUCUCCGCUGACUGGAGCUAUGGUUAGAGGCAGGAUUUCAAAAUUGGGGAGAAAGAAGAGAGAAACCAUUUUUACAAUCCGACAUAGGACCACAUAGCAGACGAUGUAGAAUGAUGGUCUUCGUUACUGCCUCUUUGUGAUAAAAAAAUAAAAAGUGUGGAAACUAUAAAGAUUGUGACUGUGCUUAUCUGGUGAAGGUGUUGGUCAUGUCCCCACUGGAUACUGUUAAAGUGCGGCUGCAGUGCCAGAUGGAGCCCCGCCAAUUUGCCACCAACAAAACCCUGCCCAAAUACCGGGGACCUAUACACUGCAUGCUGACCAUUGGCCGAGAGGAGGGGGUGUUGAGCCUGUACAGGGGAGCUCCUGCCCUUGCCCUACGGGAUGGCCCCUCCUUUGCCACGUACUUCCUGACCUACAACACCCUGUGUGAGUGGCUCACACCAGCUGGGCAGAAACAAGCAGAGUGGCCUGUGGUUAUGCUAGCCGGAGGAUUGGCCGGGAUAUUUGGCUGGACUGUUGGGACACCCAUGGAUGUGAUUAAGGCUCGCCUACAGGUGGACGGGAUGGGGAAAAGGAGGUACAACAGCUUCCUGCACUGCAUUGCUGAGAGUGUUCGUCAAGAUGGACCUGGUGUCUUCUUCAAAGGCCUGGGACUUAAUUGUAUGCGUGCCUUCCCAGUCAACAUGGUGGUGUUCAUCACAUACGAGCAGGUGGUGAGUCUCCUCAGGAUGCCACCAAAGGCCCCUCACCAUUAGGCCACCAUAUAGGAAACUUGGAAGGCUACCAGACCUGGAAUAAAUGUGUCUGCUUCCGGUGAAGUUCCUGGGUAAUGUGAGGUACCGUUUCUGGAAGACUUUGGCUUGUGCAAUUACUUUUUUCUGUUUUUCAUUCUAUAACUCAUGUAUAUUAACAUUUGCUAGAUAGAAAUUGCAAGUUACCAAGUCUCUAAAAUGGCUCAGAUCUUGCUUAGUUGUUCUGUUGUUCUGUCACAGGGUAUAUCAGGUUAAUAAAGCAAGGUAGAAGGGGCAACAUAAGCCCUGAGCACAGCCCAAUUGUUCUUACUAAAAUGAGUAUCUAGACCAAGGCAGCUAGUCAUUGAAUUACUGCAAAUAUAGCAUUUAUAGUAUGAAUCAUAUUGUACAUGCUACUAAGACAGGAGAAUAAAACUGAGGGAAACGUCUGCAAAUUCAGGUUGUCAAAUAACAACCGAAUAAAUAAGUUACGGUAAGUCAUGAAUUCAAUAAAAAAAAUUAGUUCAUAUGCGACACAUGGAUCUUAUGUUCCAUCAUACACUUACUGAGCAUAAUAUUAGGAAUACUAAUACUCCCUUUGCUCAGCCUCAAUUCUUUGUGGCAUGGAUUCCAUAAGCUGUUGAAAACAUUCCUUUAUGAUUCUGUUCCAUGUUAACAUGAUUGCAUCAUGCAUUUUCUGCAGAUUUGCCAGCUGCCCAUUCAUGCUGCAAAUCUCCCAUUCGACCACAUCCCAAAGCUGUCCAACUGUUAUGUUCAUGAAACCGGCUUGAGGCUACUUUUGCUCUGUGACAUGGUGUAUUAUCAUGUUGGAAGUAGCCAUUAGAAGAUGGGUACAUUGUGGCUGCCAAGGGAUGUGCAUGGUCAGCAACAAUACUCAAAUAGGCUGUGGCAUUUAAGCAAUGAUUGAUUGGUAUUAACUAAAGUGUACCAAGAAAACAUUUCCCACUCCAUUACACCACCAUCACCAGCCUGCACUGUUCACACAAGGCAGGUUGGGUCCAUAGAUUCAUGCUGUUGGCGCCAAAUUACUGUAUGUGUAGCUAAAAUAAGCAAGUACACUAGAUCUAUGCCACAAUAUAGCUCUUGAUACUUUAGUUCUAUAUUUUGACUUCACAUAACUGACCUGUAACUGUAUCAGUUGACUGCAAACUCAAGCUCAUGUUUGCACUUUUAAAAACUGGAAAUAUGAUCUGUAUGGACAUGCACUCAAUGAACCAAGACUUGGGAUUAUGUGUUUGCAGUGAUUGCAAAGAGGAAAAGUGUAUUUUUUGUGUGUAAUUUAGUUGUUUCUCUUGUAUUCCUCAGGAGUUUAUUUUGGAAUGCUGGAAUGUAUAAUAUAAUUAAAACCUUUGCAAUAUUUAAGCCUGGUUGCAGUAUUUUGUGGAUGUGAAUUUUUAAGAAAAAUGAAUUGCUACCGAAUCAGAUUUUUUGUAAAAUACUACUGAACUAAACUAUAAUAAAGCUACUGAAACUAAACCUACUGAAACCUUGAUAGAUUGAUGAUUAUGAAUACUAUGAAAUCAUUCUGAAUGUUUGUUCUUUUAAUGUGCUAUUUGGUGGUGUUAGAUUUUGGUGUUUUCAAGAUAUAACUGAGUUAAAAUGUUUUACACGCUCUGUUCUGCUCCUAUUCCUGCACCUUUAAAUGCAUGUCCCCACAGUCACCCUGUUUCCCCCACUCUAUUUAAAUUUCCUUUCAAAUGCCUUGAUUUGAGGUCUAGGUGCUGAUAACCAUUUGGCUUUGCCCUAACCAGGAAACCUGUCAAUAGACAGGAUAUUAUCAUAUCUAAAGGGGUGCUUUGUCACAGAGGAUGAAGCACUUCCUUUCAGAUAGUUUCCAUUGUUCAGAUACUGAAUAUAAACUGUGUCAUUCCCCAUAAGGAUGGUGUACGAUUGGAGAAAGCUCAGGAGAACGUACACAUUACCUGGAACCACAAAUAAAGAGCUGAACUUGUCUUACACCCUCGAA